CCGGCACCGGCCGCCCCCCCCCGCCCCCGCCCCGGAGCAGCCGUCUGGAUCCGGGACCCCCAGCGAAAGGGACCAUGCCAAGCCAGCCCCUGGGCAAAGAAGCCAGGGCCAUGGAGGCGGACGGGGACAGGGAUGGGGACUCUGCCCCAGAGAUGAACGGGCUGGAGGAGGAGGGCAGUGAGGACGAGCAGAGUGCCAGCCAGACGGAGUCUGACGGCGAGAGCUCAGAAAUGGACGAUGAGGACUGUGAGCGUCGCCGGGUCGAGUGCCUCGAUGAGAUGUCUGACCUGGAGAAGCAGUUCUCGGAACUCAAGGAGAAGCUGUUCAAGGAACGGUUGAGCCAGGUGCGUUUCCGGCUCGAGGAGGUUGGGGCCGAGCGUGCCCCUGAGUACACCGAGCCCCUUGGGGGGCUGCAGCAGAGUCUCAAGAUUCGAAUUCAGGUGGCAGGCAUCUACAAGGGUUUCUGUCUAGAUGUGAUCAGGAACAAGUAUGAGUGUGAACUUCAGGGAGCCCGGCAGCACCUGGAGAGCGAGCGGCUGCUGCUGUAUGAUGCCCUCCAGGGGGAGCUCCAAGAGCGGAUUCAGCGGCUGGAGGAGGACCGCCAGAGCAUGGACAUCAACUCUGAAUGGUGGGAUGACAAGGUGCACCCGAAGGGGAGCUCGAGAUCUUGGGAGGCCCUGCAGUCGGGCAAGCGGAAGAAGGCACCACUGGUCUCUGGUCCUUAUAUUGUCUACAUGCUGGAGGAUAUGGACAUUCUGGAGGACUGGACGGCCAUUAAGAAGGCUAAGGUGGCUGUGUCCCCACAGAAGAGGAAACCUGAGGCCCCUGAAGGUCAGACAAGCUGCAGCCAUGGCCUGACUGGACACCUGGGGCUCCUAGACCGGCUCCUGGGCUCACCAGCCACCAGAUGACCCCAUGGCCUGGCCUCCACCAGCCUUUCCUCCACCGUCUGGCCUCUUGACAGCUGGGUUGCUACCAGGCUCCAGAUGCAGAGCUGAAACCAGUCCCCAAACAUCGGGGACUAUUGGGUCCCCUGUCACUUUCUCCCAGAGCCAGUAGACUCUUAGAAUGGCCCAGUGACAGCCAGCCUUUGCUACCCCAGCCCAGGGGUCACUGGAAGCCGUCCUGUUGACCUGAGGCUGCUAGGGGUAGGGGCCCGGGGCCAGCUGAAUCUCUGCUGUCCCUUAAAUGACAUAUUUUUGGAUUGAGAACGAAGGAACCCAAGUUUUCCUAGGGUCCUGGGGAUUAGAAUCAUGGUAACAUAAUUAAAAUUUAAUAAUUAAAACAA